AUGGCCACAGAAACGCAAACGAAGGAGAACAACUCUUUCGUCCUCCGCGGAAUCAAAGACGUGUGCUUUGAAGAUAGGCCCGUACCAAAGCUUACAGGGUCCCGGGAUGUCCUCCUCCAAGUCAACUACACCGGCAUCUGUGGCUCAGACGUCCACUAUUGGCAACAUGGCAGAAUCGGACAUUUCGUGGUCAACGAGCCCAUGGUUCUGGGCCAUGAGUCCGCAGGCACGGUGCUCGAGGUCGGGUCCGGCGUCAAGAGCUUGAAAAAAGGCGAUCGCGUCGCCAUGGAGCCCGGCAUCCCCUGCCGCCACUGCGUGCGGUGUAAGGAAGGGAAAUACAACUUGUGCCCGGACAUGGCCUUUGCGGCGACCCCGCCGUACGAUGGCACGCUGGCAAAAUACUACAUUCUCCCCGAGGAUUUCUGCUAUAAAUUGCCCGACAACAUGACGCUGGAGGAAGGCGCGCUGAUGGAGCCCCUGGCCGUGGGGGUCCACAUCACCAAGCAGUCGGGUGUCAAGCAGGGUGACUCAGUGGUUGUCUUCGGUGCCGGCCCCGUCGGACUUCUCUGCUGUGCCGUCGCGAAGGCGCUGGGUGCAACCAAGGUUGUGGCCGUGGACAUCAACACGGAGCGACUCGAGUUUGCCAAGUCGUUCGCCGCGACGUCGACGUUUGUCCCCUCCAAAGUCUCCGCGGCGGAGAACGCACAGCGCCUCAAGGACGAGAACGACCUGCCCGCGGGCGCCGACGUGGCCAUCGACGCCAGCGGCGCUGAACCCAGCGUGCAGACGGCGAUCCACGUCCUCCGCAUGGGCGGCAGCUACGUGCAAGGCGGCAUGGGCCGGGACGAGAUGACGUUCCCGAUCAUGGCGGCGUGCACCAAGGAACUCACCGUGAAGGGCAGCUUCAGAUACGGGCCCGGCGACUACGCCAUGGCCGUCGACCUCGCCAGCAGCGGCAAGAUCGACGUCAAGAGGCUGAUCAGCCGGAAAGUCAACUUUGACGACGCCGAGCAGGCCUUUGAGGACGUCAAGGCCGGCAAGGCCAUCAAGGUGCUGAUCGAGGGGCCCAAAUAG